ACCUGCAUCUUCCCCAGUUCUCGGGAUCCUACAGUGCUGCUUGCGUGCUUAUGCAGCACAACGAACAGUGCAGCCAUGGGGGCUGCUAGGCAGCAGCAACGACUGGCCACAUCAUAUCGCUUUCUGACAGCCCCCACAGAGCUCAACCGCGCAAUCAAUCAUCCUCGAUAUUUAUACCUGCUUGAUGUAGUCACUCGAAAGCCAAUUCAACCAGAACAACGGAAUGGAAGGUACCGUCAUCAUCACCGGCGCCAAUGGCUCGCUCGCUAUACCAGCUGUCGCCUACCUCCUUUCCGAAUUCAAGCCCCGCAACGUCAUUCUCACAGUGCGCAAUGAUACCACCAACGACAAGAACACAGAGCAGCUACGAGCAACAAUUGCCCAGGCCCCAAGCGGUGUCAAUGUCACAGUUCGCAAGCUCGAUCUCGCAUCCCUUGCCGAGGUCCACGCGUUCGCAAAAGCGGUUGCCGCCCAGAUUACCGCCAGAGAAAUUCCACCACUAGCAGCGGUUAUUUGGAACGCAAUGAGUUGGUCCCUGCAAGGCGGACUUCAGCUCACAGGAGAUGGCUACGAGCGGUCGAUGGCGAUCAAUCACAUUGCACACUUUGCCCUGACGCUGGAGCUACUGUCAUCAUUUGACCAAGAGCAUGGCCGCAUCAUCUUCCUAGGCAGCGACAGUCACGAGAAAUCAGCAAUGCAGAAAUAUGCAUCUGUUUUGCCCGCUGAUCUUGACAAACUUGUAUAUCCGGAGCCAGAUCGGGAAGAGGAGGUCGCUGACCGAGGGUUCCAACGUUAUGGUUUAUCCAAAUUAGUGUCGAUCAUGACCAUGUACGAACUGAACAGGCGGCUUGUGAAGGACGGUAAAGGCCUAUCUGCACUUGCGGUGGAUCCUGGUGGUCUCGUUGACUCGCGCGCCUUCAGCGGUCCAGAUAUCCCAUCGCAAUGGUCGCGAAAGAUUAGUGUCGUAAACUGGCUGCAGCCUCUACUGAGCUUCCUCAAUCCCACCAUUCGCCGCUGCACCCAUGCAGCCAAGGAUGUCGUCGACCUGGCCAUGGGUCCGCAUGGUGAGCGCCAGACAGGUUACUUCAUCAUGAGUAACAAGGCAGAAAGCUCCAAAGCGAGCCAAGAUGAAGAGAUGCAAGCCGAGCUAUGGAAUAGAAGCGUUGAAUGGGCGGGGAUUACGCAGAAGAGCACUAGUCUGACUCUAUAAUUGGGACGAGCUAAAGACCUUCGGAGUACGAAGAUGUCUUGGCAAGAUACAUGGUAAUCCUCAUGUCUUACACAAAGGCGCGUGGCAUCUUAAGAACAUAUAUUCAAUGCUUUUGUAUAGACGAUCGGAUAGUCAUACUGCUGCUGACUCGUCCACUUUUGCAUCAUGCGUACUACGUCAUCAAACAACAAAUUCGCGGCUGCGAUCCUGCCGUUAUGGCAGUUGUCAAGGUUCGAUACACGAGAAUCAUGGCUUGCUUGUUACCCUGCCAGUUGGUCUACAUGAGAUGUAC